CGCGCGCGAAACUCCCUCAGCAGAAGCAGAACGGUUACAACAGCGAUGGAAACCUCGGUCAGACGACCACAACUCUAACGCUUUCGUUUCACUCUCAGCAGCUGGUUUAUUUACGAACGCGUGCAUUGUGUUAAAUGUGAGCCUGUGCCUUUAAGAAAACCGGAGCGAAACAAGCGAGUGAUCAACAUUCCGGUAGUCUAAGCGAAAUAUCUCACUGUUGCUAUGGUUACAGUACUACAUACAUAGAUAGAUAGUCUUAAACUCUUUAUGGACAUUAUUUCUGGAAGCGUGAGUGAAAAUGUCCAUAGUUGCGAAGCGCUGUGGAGUGACAUUUAUCCCCCCUUCCAUCAUCCUCAUAUAUGAGAACACAAACACCAGCAAGAUGAGGAAAAGAGUCAUACCUGUGAGGAGCUUCUCUCAGUAUUCAGACUGCAGUCGAGCAGCAGAGAGACUGAAGCAUCACGCGCGUCACAGCGUGUAUCUGGAGACGGUUUCUUUGGCUCAGCUGGAAAGGCUUCACCUCAUACUGCGUGACCAUCUGAAGGGUCUCAGUCUGGAGGAGAGUCUCGCCGCCCGACGGGUGUCCGACCCCAGCGACGAGGACCUGAAUAAACUGAGCGAUGACGAGCUGAACCGCAGGAAGGCCCAGAUGGACCAGCUGUUCGAGCGCAACCGCAAACACAAGGAGGAUGCGGACUUCGUGUAUGAUCUGGAGGUGGCGUUUCCAGAGGACAGCGUGCCAGAGACGUGCAGCUGGGAUGAAGGGCAGUCCGAUGAGGAGCUUUAGAGGCUCAGACGCACCCGAACGGAUUUCAGACUGAUCCAGAAUGAAAACACACGGAGAACUGGUGCAUUAUGGGGCUUCUGUUGAAGUCUAAUGUUGAACUAUACAUUUGCUGCUACAUGUUGUUUUAAGGUCACGUCCUCUAUGGUAAACAUUAUGUGAUGGGGUUUUUUGGUCUCAUCCAUUUGAUUCUUUUACAUAAAGUAGCAUUGAUAAUAUUGAAAAUACUUUAAUAUUUCAUUAAAUAAAUAUAAAAAAUGGAGGACACUG